AUGAUGUCCGAGUCUCUGCGCGAUCCCGUGGGUCAAACGCCAACCAUCCGCCGGUCUUUCACUCUCCCAACGAAGUUAAACCCACUGUCGCAACGUGGUUCGGCGCCGCCAACAAAACUAUCGGAAAACGUCAUCUUCUAUCAUCCCUCCGCGAAGAUCGUUCAUUUUGCGCCCAGAGCCCUCGCCCCGAUUCCCUCCAGUUCCGCCCCCUCCGAUUUCGACUACCCCGUUGAUACUAUUGAAUCACUGCCAUGGCGCUCGGCGACUGAACGAACGGUCGCAACAGCACCGCUUCGCCUCGAACGCGUUCAUGGCUUGACCGCGUUCUUGAAGUGUGGGAAUGUCGUGCACGCGAUCUUGAAGAACUCCCAGUGUUGGUGUGUCGACGGCGUGUCCAAGUUCGUGUUGCGCAUUCGCCCUCUCACCUACUAUCGCAUCGAAAUACCACACGAGACAGAAGAGGAUAAGGGGUUAGUUGGGGAUUUGAAAAUCGCGCUACCAACCGUUCUUCGGUAUGAAGUAACGCCCUGUCCUUUCAAGCGCGCUUUCACCGUGGAACUACCCGAGGAUGCGAUGGCACCGCGGCGCAAAAGGGCCUGGCGACCAAAAGAACGAAAUGAUAUCCCCCAGAAAAGUAACAGCUCGACAUCGGAUGCUGUUCCGAUCACUGACCAGCCGCCGUCACCCCUCGACAGCAUCGAAUUUCCGUCCCCACCGAAGCCUCUAAGACGAUCGGCUACCGAAACUCCCCAGACGUUCACCACCCUUCUCGCCAAAUUCGACGCUGCUCCGGUUCUCGAGGAAUGUGAAACUUCGGAAGCCACGCCCAUGGGACACGAGAAGGCAGACACCGUGGGUCAGACUGGGCCUACUUCCAUCCCAGAGGUUAAGGUUGAGCUCGCUCCUCAGCCCGCCAUCGAUUCUCAGCUUAACACAGGUGCGGCUAAACAAGCAUUCAUUUCUGCGCCUGAAACACAAAGUGUGGCAGAAUCUAUUGCACAGUUGGAACUCACUGCAAGCACUGCCACUACUGAGCUGCCGCAUAGCGCCGUACCAGAACCUCAGGCAACGCCUACGGCUGCCUCGGAACCCGAGGCCAAAGAGGAGCCUGAGGUCAAGAAGGAGGCCGGAAUUCAGACAACAGCCAAAGAUGAGCCCGAACUAGAAGUAAAUCACACCGAGGUAUCGGCUCCUGCGCUGGAGCAACCCGAAGCUCUUAGUGCCGACCCAAAGCACGAUGAAGCCCCUACGACCGUUGCAGCACCCACUCUGCUUGAGAGGGAGACUCCUAAAAUGUCGCCUGUCGCCCUUGGCUUCGAUGGGAAGCAGAGCAUAUCCAAAUCGCCUUUAGAACCUGAUACUGCGCAUACGUCUAUGACUGCUCCUAUAAUGACGCCUGGAGAAACAACCGAAAAAGAGCCCAUGCAGGUUCUUGGAACGGAAAUUGUACCAGAACACGACACUACGCCCGCGUGUGUACCUAGGACUGUUGCAAAUGCUGAGCCAAUAUCCAUACCCAUUUUCGAACAAGAGCCAGAAAUAGACACCGACCCCGAUCAUGACAGCUCAUUCUCAUCAACACCGGAGUCUUUCCAUUCAGCAGACCCAGAGUCACCAUCUGAUUCUGUUUCAACGCAUACGCCCUCGAUGGACAUGCAAUUGCCGGAAAUUCAUCAUCGCAAGCAGGAAAAUGACACCCUCACACAUCACAAGGGGACGCUGUCCAAUCCAGUCACACAUGGCUUUGCACCACAGGUCGAUGGCUCUUCAAGCAGAAAUUCCCCUCCUGCCGCCGAUACUCUCGUUCUGAAGCCGGGUCCCCUGGCUACAAUAUCUUCUCCACGUAACGACCCGCCGAAAUCUUCUCUGGCCGUUCCCUCCACCACAAAAUCCGCGUCUGCAUUCGCUUUAAAGGCGUCACCCCCCACCGACUUCAAUCACAUGAGCAACGAGUUCCGUCGUCGAGCAAAGGCAACCCGAGAGCGUGAUGUCUCCCCGAUGCCCCCCUCGUCCGCCCUCUACCAGCCAAAGGCAGGAGACGAGGCUUCAUCUUUCAUUUCAAAAGCCUUGACCCUUGUGCUGGUACCUCCUGUCGCUCUUUUCAUCGUCCUACUGCACGUGGCUGCACGAAUUGUGAUUAAUCCCGCUCUGAACGCGACUCUAGGCGAAUCCAGACGAGGAUCAACAUCAUCCGGUAAACAUACCGUCACCGAGGAUGAUUUCAGCUUUCCACUUGAUCGUGAAUCCUCUUCUGAAUACGAGGACGCGCGAAUCAACAGGAAGCUGGAUCCUUGGGAUCUGGACUAG